AUGGGUAUCCAAGACCCGUUCAUCGAGGUAGAACUAUCACGUGCUAUACUAUCAAACACAGAACGGCCGAGUAAUGCAUUUGCGUUGUCUGUGCAGUGGCAAGGCGAGACGCAGGAGUUCUGUCCCAACGCCAAAGUGGUCCUGGUGGGCUGCAAGCUGGACAUGAGGACCGACGUCAACACGCUGAGGGAACUCUCCAAGCAGCGGCUCAUCCCUGUCACUCACGAGCAGGGCAGCACGAUAGCUCGGCAGAUGGGGGCCGUGGCGUACGUGGAGUGCACGUCCAAGGUGUCGGAGAACAGCGUGCGGGACGUCUUCCACGUCACCACGCUGGCGUCCGUGCGGCGGCCGCACAACCCGCAGCUGAAACGCAGCAGCUCUCGCCGCGGGCUCAAGCGGGCGUCGCAGCUCCCCCUCCAGCCGCUGCCCGCUCGGACUGAACCCAUGGACCAAGCCCCCGUCCUCAGGAAGGACCGGGCCAAGAGCUGCGUGCUCAUGUAGAGCCCCUCCCCCCCUCCACAUAAAUAUUACUGUACAUACAAAUAUAUAUACGCCAGAAGACGUCUAUUUAUUCUGUUUUUUGUCGCUAUUUUCAUUUUUGCACGGUGGAAAUAUGUUUUUUUGGUGUCAAAAUGAGGACAAAAGCACACUGUGAUAGUGGAAGUGUUCACUGAAAAAGUGACGAUGAUUGUGCGUUUUUGUUUAAAAAAAAAUAAUUAAAAACAAAAGGCGAGGUGAAUGGAGCUUUAUAUGUCUGUUUGUUUAUGAAGUGCCCACAAGUGCAAUGUUGAGACAAAAACAAACAUGUCUGCUUGUCUUCUUCACACUAAUUGUGUUUGAACUGUGGAAAAUGAAGUCCAAUGUACUUUUUUUUUCUUUUCUUUUUUUUUUUUCUUUCUGCAGCGAGUCCUCAGUCCCCACUAAUGUUGGAAAUAAAGCACCUGCAGAUGGCAAAGCUA